AAGCAUAGCAAGAUGACUUAGUUGGAAGAUCAAGACAUGUGUAUAGUAAUGAUGGAUAAUCAGUCUAAGUUAACACCGUGUAAUAAUGUGAAGAUUGGAAACUACAUCGUUGGAGAAACCUUGGGAUGCGGUACUUUUGGCAAAGUAAAACGUGCUGUUCAUCAUCAGACAGGGCAGCAGGUUGCCAUAAAGUUCCUGAACAAGAAUAAGAUCCAAAACCUGGAGUUGGCAAGUAAAAUCAAGAGAGAAAUUCAAAAUUUGAAACUGUUCCGACACCCUCACAUUAUUAAAAUGUAUGAAGUUAUAACAAACCCUACAAACAUCUUUAUGGUUAUGGAGUAUGUUUCUGGUGGCGAGCUAUUUGACUACAUAGUCAAGAAAGGGCGGUGUGACGAAUCAGAGGCAAGGAGGUUCUUCCAGCAAAUAAUUUCAGGAGUCGACUAUUGUCAUACCAACCGAGUCGUACACAGGGAUCUAAAACCAGAGAAUCUGCUGCUCGACCACAACAGGAACGUUAAAAUCGCUGAUUUUGGACUAUCCAACAUGUUGAACGAUGGAGAUUUCCUGGAAACGAGCUGUGGGUCCCCUAACUACGCUGCUCCGGAGGUCAUCUCUGGAAAAUUGUAUGCUGGACCGGAGGUAGAUAUUUGGAGUUGCGGGGUUAUACUCUACGCUAUUGUUUGUGGCACACUUCCUUUUGAUGAUCCGCACGUUCCGACGUUAUUCAGGAAAAUUAAAGAGGGAGGGUUUAAUGUACCCAGCUUCAUGUCUAAAGAUUGUGCUGUUCUUAUCAAGCACAUGCUGAAGGUUGAUGUUACUGAACGAGCUACUAUCGCUAAUAUCAAGGAGUGCUCUUGGUUCACAGUUGACCUCCCAGAGUACCUGUUCCCUCGUUCUGGUUCACUCGACGUUGAAGUGGUCGACGAACAAGUUGUCACCGAAGUUUGCAAGAAGUUGACUUGCACUGAACAAGAUGUGAUAGCUGCCCUGGAAGUACAUGAUCCCACAAACCAAUACCGAAUAGCUUACAACUUGAUCCUGGAUAGUAAAACUAACAGACAUAUUGGUCCCCCAAACUCACUUGACGACUUUGUUUUCGGGUCAACACCACCAUCCGGAGCAUGGAAGGAGUUCGACAAUCUCAGCCACUUGAGUCCCGGUUCUAGCGGUGGUAUAUUACUCUCCACCUCCCCUGCUCACUUCUCCCUCUCCUCUCUGCCUCGCUCCUCUGCUUCAAACGCCGUUUCUUCCCAAGUCCCAGCUCCUCCAAACCUCCAUAAGUUGGGCGGGGAUGAGACCAUGGCUACUGGGGACGACAGUGGCAGGAAGAAGAAGUGGCAUCUAGGUUUACGUUCGAACAGUUCUCCGGGACAUAUUAUGAACGCUGUCUUUAAAGCUAUGAAACGCUGUAAUUUUGAAUGGAAGGUGAUAAGCCCUUAUCUGGUGAUAGCUCGCCAACGUCAGGGACAAACUGCCCGACCCAUCAAACUGUGCCUCCGACUGUAUGAAAUGAACAAGAAACAGUGCCUACUUGACUUCCAGAACGUUUCCAGCUUCAAAGACAGCGAUCUCAACAACAAGAUUGAGCUAGAGAUGUCCAGACACAGAUACCCCUCUGCCUCCUCUGACGGCAGUGGCUCCGAAAAAGAGAGCCACGAGAUUUUAGAGUUCUUUGAGAUGUGUGGUAGACUUAUAUCGGAACUGUCAUGAAUGUAGGAUGAUAAACUUUUAUCUGUGCCAAGACCUGACCUAGACCGGGAGGACGGUUUUCCCUUGGACUCUUCAUGUCUUCUUUAAUGCUUUUAUUAUGGUAAACAGCUGAGAGCGAGCGAUUUGUCCCAAUUUGUAAGAUAUGGUUAAAGAAUAUGUUUUAUUUGUUUUCGAAGAAAACAGUUGGGCAGUUAUCCAUAGCGCUGUCUCGAGUUAUAUGUGAGUCUGUUUUUAUCUCUAAUUAAUACCAGGACCUAUUUUGUUUAUAAUAAUUCAAGUUAAAUUAUUUUUCGUCUGUGUCUAGAGAGUUUAUGUCAAUUUUUGGGGAGAAAGAAAUUGUAUCUCUUGAAUUGUUAUCUGGUGGUUAAUAACAUGAGACUACUGGUCGGGAGACGAUGAAGAUUUGUUUUGACACGUGAUUAACCCCGUCACUAAUUUCCCUUCCUUGCUCUUAGAAAUCUGAAACUUAACCGCUUUUAAAGUACCGGUGUCACGUGUCAAAAGAAUAUCGUGUUCACUGGAAAUCUGACGUCACGCCAACAUCUUUUAAGUGGUUAGAUUACCCAAAAUAAGACGAAUAAUUUCAACAGUAUAACCUAUCUGAUUAUGUACUUUUAAUGCAGAACAGUGCAAGAUGAAAACGGUUUUAUUUAUUUCUCUUACCACUUUGUUACUGAAAGCCCUGCUCAAUUUCAAUUAAAUUAA